ACGCGACUAUAAGUAUUAGAACGUCAAAAAAAUCCCGCCAUCUUGGAAAUUUCCCUUUUAUUUUCCUUUUUAACUUUUGAACAGCAUUUGACUGCACGUUUCUGAAGAAAAAUGCAGAUCUUUGUCAAGACCCUAACCGGUAAAACCAUUACCUUGGAGGUAGAGCCUUCCGACACUAUUGAAAAUGUCAAGGCUAAAAUCCAAGACAAAGAAGGUAUCCCACCAGAUCAACAACGUUUGAUCUUUGCUGGCAAACAAUUGGAGGAUGGUCGCACCUUGUCAGACUACAACAUUCAAAAGGAGUCGACUUUGCAUUUGGUACUCCGUCUUCGUGGUGGUAUCAUUGAACCAUCUCUGCGUAUUUUGGCUCAAAAGUACAACUGCGACAAGAUGAUCUGCCGUAAGUGUUACGCUCGUCUCCAUCCUCGUGCCACCAAUUGUCGCAAGAAGAAAUGUGGACACACCAACAACUUGCGCCCCAAGAAGAAGUUGAAGUAGACUAUUAUAAUACCAAGGCAUCAUUCAUUGUCGCUUCAAAUGCUGUGGGAGCAGCUGUCAACAAGCUCCCUUAUUUUCUAUGUAAACAUUUAUUUCCCGUUUUUUUGAAAUAGUUUUAUUUCUUUGGACUUGAGACGAAUAAACAAAGUUAAACUGUACAGAAAUCCAA